GGCGCUGCGGCGCCAGUGAAGAGGGAACCGAUCCCGACGACGGGCUGCCGCCAGCGAGCAGCGGCCGCGAGGAGCUACGAGCGAAGCGUGCGAGCCCGCUGGGCCGCCAGCGCGAAUGUGCGCCUUCUGAUGCGCGGCGUGACGAGCACGAGCAGCGAUGGCUUCUGCCGAGGCGACGUCGCCCGCGCCCAACAUGUCGCCGGGCGAGCUGGAGUGCAUGCGGGAGCGGAAGUGGUGGUGCUUCCUGCUCUCCAGCAUCUUCACCUUCCUGGCGGGCCUCUUCAUUAUCCUGAUCUGGCGAGCCCUGGCCUUCCUCUGCUGUCGCAAGGAGAAGGCAGGCGCCUACAGUCCCGGGGCACCAAAGCAGCCGACCGCCAAGAAACCAGCCCCGGGCGCCGCCGACGCCAAGCGCAAGGGCGGGGAAGGGGCCGCCGAAAUCGGGUUCAUGACGGAGGCCAAGGACUGGGCAGGGGAACUCAUCUCGGGACAGACCACCACAGGCAGGAUACUGGUAGUCCUGGUGUUCCUGUUAAGCAUAGCAUCUCUCAUAAUAUAUUUCAUUGACGCUUCAAGAACUGGAGCCAGUAAGCACCGUGAAAACAUACACGGUCCUCACGACAUGAUCCAACAUAAUGAAAAACAACAAAGAUACCAAGACGGAGUUGAGAAAUGCCAGUCUUGGUCGACGAACACAACGCAGCAAAUAGAUCUAGCUCUGAAUAUAUUCUUCAUGGUCUAUUUUUUUAUACGUUUCAUUGCGGCCAGUGAUAAGUUGUGGUUCAUGUUGGAGCUAUAUUCAUUUGUUGAUUACUUCACCAUUCCGCCGUCCUUUGUUUCUAUCUACUUAGACCGUACAUGGAUUGGCCUCCGUUUUCUGCGAGCCCUGCGAAUGAUGUCUGUGCCAGACAUCCUGCAGUACCUGAACGUCCUCAAGACAAGCAGCUCUAUCCGACUCGCCCAGCUCGUCUCCAUCGUCAUCAGCGUCUGGCUGACUGCCGCGGGAAUUAUCCAUUUGUUGGAGAAUUCUGGCGACCCUCUGGACUUCGCCAAUGCUCGCAAGUUGACGUACUGGGAGUGUGUGUACUACCUUAUCGUAACGAUGUCCACUGUGGGUUAUGGUGACGUAUACUGUCAGACAACACUGGGACAAGUCUUCAUAGUACUCUUCAUACUGGUUGGCUUGGCCGUGUUUGCCAGUUGCAUUCCUGAGAUUCUAGAGUUGAUAGGGACUAGGCCCAAAUAUGGCGGCGAGUACAGGCGGGAGCAUGGGAAAAGGCACAUUGUCGUGUGUGGACACAUCACCUAUGAAUCUGUGUCCCACUUCUUGAAAGAUUUCCUCCAUGAGGACCGAGAAGAUGUAGAUGUAGAGGUAGUUUUUUUACACAGAAAACCUCCUGACCUCGAGCUGGAAGGUCUGAUAAAAAGGCAUUUUACAACAGUGGAGUUCUUUCAAGGCAGCGUCAUGAAUCCAAUUGACUUGCAACGAGUCAAGGUCCAUGAGGCAGAUGCAUGUUUGGUGCUGGCAAACAAGUACUGUCAGGACCCGGAUGCAGAGGACGCUGCCAACAUCAUGAGAGUCAUCUCCAUUAAAAACUAUUCUGAUGACAUCAGGGUCAUCAUUCAGUUGAUGCAGUAUCACAACAAGGCUUACUUGCUGAAUAUCCCCAGUUGGAACUGGAAACGGGGAGAUGACGUGAUAUGCGUGUCGGAGCUGAAACUCGGCUUCAUUGCACAAAGCUGCCUGGCCCCCGGUUUUUCAACCAUGAUGGCCAACCUGUUUGCUAUGAGAUCCUACAAAACGUCUCCUGACAUGCCCGCAUGGCAAAACGAUUAUCUGUGUGGCACAGGAAUGGAGAUGUACACCGAGAGCUUAUCCGCCUCUUUUACAGGCAUGACCUUUCCUCAGGCAGCAGAGCUUUGCUUUGUGAAAUUAAAACUGCUACUUUUGGCCAUUGAGGUGGCUGUUGAUGAAGGUUCGGAUUCCAAGAUUGCCAUCAAUCCCAAGAAAAAAAUAAAGAUUACUCUUAACACUCAGGGGUUUUUUAUUGCUCAGUCUGCAGACGAAGUGAAAAGGGCAUGGUUUUACUGCAAAAACUGCCACGAAGACAUCAAAGAUGAGAAGCUCAUCAAGAAGUGCAAGUGCAAGAAUCCUGCCGGAGUUGGUCUGUUUAAAAAGGGUGUCAGGGCAGUACAGGCAGUUAGUCGAGCAAAUGAAGGUCUGCAUAACUCCAAUGUUCCCACUUUCACACCACCCGAAAUACCCAAGAGAGUCAAGCUACGAGUUGAAGAAGAAAGCUUUACCUACACGGCCACUCAGCCUCAAGUGGGCAACAACAACGACCAGAACCGCGUGAGCUCUGCACCGAAGCCAAAGCCAAGUACAAAAAAACACGACCAGAGCAAUUCGCUGACGUCGCCCAACGAGCGCGGAGGACGCUCUGCUCCCCCAUCCUACGCCAGUCCUGUCUCUGACACUUCCCACGUCACGCGGACGGCUGCGCCCGACAUGUUUGCUGGCUUACACCUUGCCUAUGAGGUCAAAAAGCUCAUGCCCACGAGCCGGGGUACCAAUGGCACCGGGAACUCGCAGAACGAGAAGCCCUUCCCGGUGGGCCUGUCAGACGAUCAGGCGAAGGAUUUCGAGAAGACCGAGAUGAAGUACGACUCCACUGGAAUGUUCCACUGGUGCUCGGCGCGCCCCAUCGAGGACUGCAUACUGGAUCGAAACCAGGCGGCAAUGACUGUGCUCAACGGCCAUGUGGUUGUGUGUUUGUUUGCUGAUCCCGAUUCUCCACUAAUAGGGUUGCGUAACUUAGUAAUGCCACUUCGUGCCAGCAACUUUCACUACCACGAACUCAAGCAUGUUGUCAUUGUCGGCAAUGUGGACUACCUGAGGAGGGAGUGGAAGAUGCUUCAGAACCUGCCGAAAAUAUCUGUCCUUAACGGCUCCCCCUUGAGUCGAGCGGACUUGCGAGCGGUAAACAUCAACCUUUGCGACAUGUGUGUGAUAUUAUCUGCAAAGAUCCCCAGCAGCGAUGAUCCCACGCUGGCUGACAAAGAGGCUAUACUAGCCUCGCUCAACAUCAAGGCUAUGACCUUUGAUGAUACCAUAGGUGUCCUUACUCACAAUCCCAAUGGUGCUGAGGGAUUCUCCCCACUGGGUAGUCCCAUUGUGAUGCAACGACGAGGCUCUGUGUACGGUGCCAAUGUGCCUCUAAUCACCGAGCUCGUGAAUGACACAAAUGUACAGUUUCUGGACCAGGACGACGAUGAUGAUCCAGACACAGAGCUCUACCUAACGCAACCCUUUGCCUGCGGUACCGCUUUUGCUGUUAGCGUGCUUGACUCAUUAAUGAGCACUACAUACUUCAACGCGAAUGCGCUGACCUUGAUACGGUCACUGAUUACGGGUGGCGCAACCCCUGAGCUGGAGUUGAUCCUGGCCGAGGGAGCAGGCCUUCGCGGAGGCUACAGCACACCAGAGUCCCUAGCCAACAGGGACCGUUGCAGAGUCGGGCAGAUCUCCCUCUACGAUGGACCCCUGGCUCAGUUUGGGGAGGGCGGCAAAUACGGCGACCUCUUCGUAGCGGCUCUAAGGAGCUACGGAAUGCUCUGCGUGGGCCUGUACAGGUUUCGGGACACGAGCUCCUCUGGCGAGGCGUCCUCGAAACGGUAUGUCAUCACCAACCCCCCAGCAGACUUCACCCUGCUGCCGACGGACAUGGUGUUCGUUCUGCUGCAGUUCGAUCCCGGGCUGGAGUACAAGCCCAACCGGGCCGAGGAGCCAAAGGACGACAACUCUUGACUCCUGCUGUGUAGCGCUUUGACUGACGGGCCUUACUCCUUCAUCUAAAACAGACAACACUCCACCUUGCUGCUUGCCUCCCACGGUGUGGACGGAGAUGGGACAAACGGAAUCCGACACCGUACACCCAAACUGCACAUUACAGCGAACGCCGCGCACAUAUCCCAAGGAGCACUCUGACCCACUGCAAAGUCGUUGCAGAGGCUUCUGAAGUGGGGGUUUUUCUUGGCUGAUUUUUUUCUCAUUGAGACCCCGAAUGACGCACAGAAGUGGCCUUGUAGCUUAGUUAGGCAUUACACUGUGGGGGGGAGGCUUAUCUCUGUUCCUUUUCUUUCGAGGUGUCGAACAACGAAAAUCUUAAGCAGCCCUGUGGAGGCACCUGCCGCAUGCGUGCUCUAGGCAGCCGCGAUCCCUUGUGGGCCUUACACCUAGUCACCCUUCGGAGCAGGCCUCUUGAUCAUACAGUGUGAGGGCCUCCCAGGACGGACACGAAGAAAGGCUGCCCCGAACUCUGCAGGUGUUCCCCGAGAGUACCACAAACAAAGGAUCUUAUACGAUGACAUGCAAAGCUGGCAGCAACCUGUCGAGCCCACUGCUUCCUUGUCACUCGUCGUCGGCGGCACAAGGAAGCAGGUAUCAUCAAAGUAUCUUCUAGGAACCUAGGGGCAUCUCACGCAAUUCGCCACUUAAUGAAAAGGACACACUACGCAGCACGUGGUGUCGGCAGUGCCCAUCGUUCGCGAUGCCAGGCAAUGCACACACACACACACACACACACACACACACACACACACACACACACACACACACACACACAUACACACAAACACACACACACACACACGUGAACAUACACAUGAACACAGGAGGAAAACUCAAGGGUCGUCUGUUGAGGUCGCUACACGGUUAACGAAUGCAUUGGAAAUGCCUGAGAACGUGCAAAGUGCAACGCUGCCUUCGCAGCACACAUGAAACAAGAGGUCCGACUUGGAACGAACGUCUUGUUUCAGCACUCGCUCUGCAUGUCUACUUCUCUGUCCUUCUCUGUUCCCGACUCUCUGCAAUACAACAAGUGUUUGUUUUGUGUUAAAAUCUUGUACAUUUGACAUACGUCCUGACGCGACCACGGCGUCGCGCUCUUUGUACGAAAGGGUUCAUAUUUUAUGUACGAGUCAAAGAUUGUUGAAAUCUGUUUAGUUGCAUUGUUUCCAAGCGGAAGCACGUGGUGUACAGUAGUGUUGUAAAGUGAGCAAGUUAAUGCUGAAAACUAUGAAGAAGGCUUAACAAUGUGUAACAUACCUUUUGUGUAUAGAAGUGUACAUAAGCACGGCAGCGGGCAUUGACCUGCUUGUGCAUUCGGCCCGAAGCGAGAGGCGUAACUUGUUACGUGGUCUGUUUUUUCUCCAUGCAGCCUUACAUUUUUCAACCUUCGGUUUAACGUUUCGCAUCAAUGUUAGCUCAAGGUCACACCGACGAGAUCACGUGCUAUGCUGCGUAGUUACUACGACGCGGCGAGCCCCCUCGUCCCGCUGCGGCGGCGGCGGCCGAUGGGCGGCGCGCGCACGGCCAACGACCAACUGAAUGUACAACAAAGCGUAGAUACUCGAGCGGCGCUGGCCGACUACUGUAAGCGACUUCGUUUUAGCGCGGUCAAUGCGUGGCUCUCGCUGGCCACCUCAGCGACCGUCCCCCCGUUGCAAUCGGGACUCGGAACUUUCGAUUUGGGUUCCGUAUUGUGUAUUUUGCCUUAUGCAUCCCCCUCGGAUCUGCAUUUCCGCCUGAAAAUAAAAUCCUGUUCACGCAAAAGAAAAAAAAGCGAAAAGAAGAAGAAAAAAAAAAGGCUGCUGAGGUUUCACGCCGAUCGGAGUGUCUUUUCUCUGUACUUUUCUGUUCCUCGUUGUUGCUGCGUGAGGCGUACACGAGGGAGGGUACGUGAAGGGGCAAGUUAUUUCCUACCGGUAGCUGCGUAGGGCACUGCGCAGCGCAGCGCUGAGAAAGAGAACAUGUCUCUCUGCGGUAUAAACACAGACACUAGACAAUCCAUGCAUGUUGUGAUUUUUCAUUGAACGAAACUAUGUUGCAAACUCUUUUUUAUUCUCAUUACACACGAGGGGGCUCAUUUAUCCUGUCGCGUGGAUGCCCCAGCGGAAAGCCGUUCGGUACUUUGUGACGCGAGAGCGAGGAGUUGAGGCGCCAGGGAGCACGCCGGCUUCUCGUUGACAGUGUGUCAAACUUGAGCAGCAAGGGUCGCUUUCACUAUAUAUUUAAUUUGUGUGCUUUGUGUCAUUUUCUGCGCUGUGUUUAUGGCGCCCUCAUUUUUCCACUACUUGAGCUAACCAAUUUCACCUGCGUGUGCAUGCUCACUCUUGGCUAAUUUUGUGGAGAUUUUGCUUGCUAAAACCGAGCCAGCGGUCUUCUCAUACCUUUGUUUUAUUUUAUUUUUUUUCAUGCGUGUGCACAUGACGUUGGUGGCCUAUCUGCUGCUGCUUCUGCCGCUGCUGCUGCAUGUAAGCUUAAAGGAAUUGUCGGUUGACUACUACUGCCACAGAUGGUAUUUCGUUGUUUUUUAAAGGAAUCGGGCAACGCGAUUGUCUGUCGUGUGUCCACUUUUAUUUCAUUGUUGCUUCGUCGUUAUCUGCUGUGACGCAACGAGCUUGACGCGUUAAGUACUCCAGUGUCUUGAAUAGCUGAAGCAUAGUGAAUCGCAGGCACUGUGGCCAUUGGAAUAGUGAAUAGACGGCGGCGACACCGAAGCUUCGUUUAUGUAUCUUUUUUUUUUCUUAAAAUGAACACGUAUUCGAUCUCUCCGAGGGUCUGGUACGACGUGCACCUCCACUAUAGGAGGUGCACGCGCCCUUCAUGCCGCGAAGCUCCGUACGUUUCUUGCUCCCGUGACCGAGAGGUCUUCACGCCGGUGGACCAACGAACAUUCAAAAUCGCGACAUCGCUGUGCAAAUCCGAGGGUCAAUAGAUUUUGUCAGCGAAGAAGCGCCAAGUUUGACAAUAACGGCAUGCACUCAACGUACACACGGCGCAUGACGAUUAAUUGUGUACGUGCGUUAUCACUAAAAUGCACGAAGUGCGGGGUUUUCCGGGGACAGUGACGGCUGUAGGAAGAAAAGCACACACCAAGCUUUUCUUUUUUUUCUGCGAGGCAAGGAGCUCGGCUGUGAAGGACAAAGCGCGUCCACAAGCAGCGAAGGCUCCGUGGUUCCGCGUAGAAGGCGAAAGGUCCAGACAGGCGGCGCCGCGUUAGCCGACGGCCACCAAGAGCCGUGCCAGCGCAAGAUGGGCGCUCUUGUGCGUAUAUAGCCUACGGUGAAUUAUUCUCCACGCUGCUUAGCCGCAUGACGCCUUGUAUAACUUCAAACACCACUGCAGUGGCCGAGAAGUCGCUGUAGGACUCUUGAAAUUUAGUUUCGUGUACGAAGCCGCGUCGAAAUCGAUAUCUUGAGCCAAGAAAAACAAAUGGAAGAUAUAUGUUGGUUCCUUUCGCUUUAUUUGAUAAAUGGUCGGCGAGUUCAAGUCACUUUUGUGCACCGUAUACGCUAUUCUCUUUAUAAGCUACGUGGAGUCGGCGCCCUUAAGGCGCAUUGAGAUGAUAUAGGCACCGCUUACCUCCAUCGAGCUUAGUUGUCAUAGCAGCGUCCGCACGUUGUUAGGGCGGAGUCCGACCGUCAAUUGCUCUUUUGCGAUCACGAACAAGACGUUAUAGUCUAUGAGAUCAUCAUUACCGCCGUGCCGUGUGUGCGUGCGCACAUGUAUGUAUAUCGAGGGCCGUCAUUGUGUGGCUGAAUACAUCGGGCAUCAACCAUUGCAGUUAACUGCAUUGCAGCGACAGAGACCACCAAUUGUGCGUGCCUGCUCACUGGCAGCAGCAGGCACCGAACGCAGACUACUAGGAGCAUCCUCACUUCUGUUGCGUGUGUUUCAGUCUCCCUUUGGGCGCCCUCCGCAAAGACGUUUAUUAGGCGGCGGGGCGUGGGCACGAAUGGUGAAAUCAAUGUGCUCGGGACAGUACUUAAUUCUGUUCAUAUUAUUUUAAGCCAGAUGGUCCUCGCUUUACCGAUUUUUUCUCAGCCCGAAGAUUACCAGUGCCCGCUUAAAUUUUCUCCCACUAAACUGCAAGGCCCAAAAAAUGUUAGCUCGAUUACUCAUCUUGUAAAUGUUUCUCCCACGAGCGUAAUAAACAUCUGCAUUUAAAUGUUUGUGAGUCACAAUCCUUUUUUUUUCUUCCUGUUGUUGGUGUUGUUGGUUGGUUGGUUGGUUGUUUGCCUGUUGUGUGCCGCUGCGGCUGUAGCAUGCUGCCUCGCCUUUGUUUCCUAGAGUUGUGGUGUGUAUGUCGGUGUGAAUGUUCCCCGUUUCUCUCGCUCUCUCUUUUUCUCACACCCUGCCGGCGGGUCUGCGUAGUGUUCAUGGUUAAACCCCGUUUUACACGGGGGCCGCUCCGCUUAGCUCUCGUUCGCUACUUCAGACCUGCAGCUCUCGAAAAUGUACAUAAGCAUACCGAGUAUGGCGGCCUGAAAACUGCUUUGUGACUGUGACGCACUUCGAACACGAACGAAAAAAAAAAAGACAGCUCCAAAUUAGUUGUGAAAUCUCUCUCUUUUCCUUUACAUUUUUUUUCUUAUUUUUAUUGUAAGUAGCAGACAUGCGCCCCCUUUGAGAUGCGAAGCACGUAAGCUGUCUUCACCUGACUGGGCACCAACCGCAUUUUUCACCUGUUUAUUGCCUACCACUGCACUGGGACCCUUCUCUUUAGUUCACGAGAACGAGGGGGAAAAGAGCAAGAGAGAUUUGACAACGAUCCGAACCCCGGUUCCGCUUCUGUCCAGCACCACCAAAUAAGAUCCAUUUACAGAAGCGGAAACAGGGCACCACAUUUCCGCCUAACUUAGCGCGGUCCAAUUCGAACUGAUUAGCGCUUCGUGUGCUUCGAAGAGCGUGCGUCACAGAACCAAGCGUAUACAUAUAGUAUAGACCACUGUGCGAUGAUGCUGCAUUGGCGGUGCAUGUGAUAAUGAGUGCAUAAACAUGAAAGGAAGUAUUUUCCCAUGUUUGUGUGCUAGUUGGUGUGUUGUGCAUUUGUUUCAGUUUGUCCUUUCACUGCGUUAAAGCCCACAGCACCACAGGCUUGACUUGAAUUCCCAACACCAGCAAUUGGGAACUUAGGUCAGCCUUCGUACACGAGGACACCCGCCCAGUCAGGUGAAGAACACAUUGUGCACGCAAUGGCCUCAAGUUUGUUCAGCCACAUGUCUGCCACUUACACUUGCCACACUUCUCUCUCGAUGUCCUCGCCUCUGCCAUUUUGUUCUUUCCUUCAGUUUCUUCUUCCUGUAAAGUACGUGCGCGGUAGCAACGUCUCUCCUGUAAUUAUUCUUUCACACAUUCUAUCACUCUGCAUCUUUCCUUUCAUGUGCUGUCUGCGUGUCUCUCUAUCUCUCUCGCUAUCUCUCUCUCUCUUGCAUUCUAUGUACCUCUAUAGUACACUUGCAGCCUCAUGCCGUUUUGUUGCUCCUUCACUGUACUUGUCUUAAGUUGUACUUGCAAUAAAUGUUGGUUUACCGUCGUCA